AUGGCUACUCCGAGCGCGACCGAGGAAAUGGAGAGACUACAGCUAUCAGACGAGGACACAGAAGAGCUAUGGAACUCACCCUCGCAACGACGCACAAAGCCACCUACCCAAAGAACACCGGCAUCAGCAGACCGAUUACAAAAUCAAGACACCAAACCUUCGCUUGAUCAGGAAGAGGCUCGGGAACUCGCACUCCGGAAUGAAUUACAAACUGUGAGAAACGUGAAUCAAGCCAUUGAGGGGGUGUUGGAAAGUCUGGAACGAGCUAAGGGCAAUAUGGAGACAGUGUCACGUACAGUCGACUCGGCAUCAACGCUACUAAACACAUGGACCCGAAUACUUGCGCAGACCGAACACAACCAAAGACUCCUGCUCAAUCCUCAAUGGCAAGGCGCCUCUCAUGACAUCGCCGAGAUUGAAAGUGAAGCAGUAGCCAAGCAACAGGCCGCCGAGCGAAGAGAACGAGAACUCCAAGAACGUCGCGAAGCAGCGGUCAGAAAAGCGGAACAAGAGGAAAGAGCGGGAGCAGCUGCAACAACGGCGUCUGGGCGCGGUCGAGGUACAACGAGAGGAAGAGUAGUACGUAGAGGAGGGUUAGGGAGGACACCGAGUGUGUCUGCUUCUAGGAGUACUUCUUCCUCUACAAGCACAACGAGAACCGCUCGACCUGCUUCGGCGGCAUCGACGCGACGGCCAGUUAGCGGGAUUGCCCGUGGUCCGAGCGCUGCAAGUCGUGGGCGCGGUAAACCUUAG